CAACGGCGACGGUGACGGCGACGGCCGGUUAAUUUGAUAGUAGAAAGUAAACAAGUGAAAUUUCGAUGGUGAUGCCAUGGCGGGAAGUCGUCGAGGGGUUUCACGCGGAUACGAUUACGCGGUAGGCCCUUGGCCGGAGGAGGGAAGAGGAAUCACACAGCGACGACCGACGAUCAUGGCCGGGAUCGUUUCCUCCUCCACCGCUUUUCUUCUCCUCCUCGUCCUCGUGCCCAAGAACGGGAGCGAGGCCUUGGAGGCGGAGAUGUGCUACUGCUAUCAGAGGAGCGCCGUCGACGGUGAAACUAACAAGCUGACCAAGACGAUCGCGUUGCUCGCCGUCGGCCCCAUUGAGCUGCAGAUAAAAAAGACGGUCUCGCCGUCGCCGGUGAGCGGCUGCUCGGGCGCAGUGCCGACGCCGUCAAAGCCACCGCCAAUCCCGGCGGACACGCGCGCGCAUACAUCUCCAGCACCGCCUGCUGCAGAUAAAAGUGGCUUCAGCUGGCCGGCCAAAGCAUGGUGCUGCUGGGGACUCGCCGUGGCAACGGUGAUCGUCGCGCUCGCGGUGAGGAACGGAUGGAGUAUGAACCAAGUGCUACUCAGGCCUGAAAUGUUUCUAGUACCAUCGCGCAACGGCGGACCGGUUGACGGCAACGAACAUACUACUCAGGUCCCGACUGGCUCGCGUGAAACUAGGCGAGAAACGUUGAUCAUGGAUAGCAAUGGGAAUUCACGGUUGGGCGGCAACAGUGAGCUCUUCUACUGCCCCAUGUGCAUAACGACGGCGCCCAUCGUCCACAAAUCCAGCUUCGGCUCGUGCGACCACCACGCCUUCUGCUCCAACUGUGUCGCCAAGUACGUCGCUAUGAGGCAGCGCGAGGGCGUUGCUCUUCCCGUCGAAUGCCCCGACUGUGAGGACGAAGACGGCCUCCUCCCCAUGCCCAUGGUGCGGCAUGAAACGCCGCGCAUCAACCACGCCACAGUCGCCGAUGGCAAUGAAGAUUCGCCGGCGGACGGCGACGACGGUAGGCACUUCUACUGCGCCAAGUGCAUGCAUGUGGUGCCAUGCGCAUGUGUACGGCGCAGCUUCACCUCGUGCGCCCACGACUUCUGCUCGCGCUGUGUUUCUCGUCGACUGCAAGGACGGCUCGGCGACGGGAAGCACUUCUACUGCACCAAGUGCAUGCAUGUCGUGCCAUGUGCAUGUAUACGGCCCAGCUUCACCUCGUGCGCCCAUGAUUUCUGCUCGAGCUGUGUUUCUCGUCAACUGCAAGGACUGCGCCGCCGAGCCGGAAAGAUGCCGCAACAUCAGCCCCCCGUGGACAUGGUUCUGUUCACCGAGGGCAAUGGAGAUUCGCCGGUCGACGGCGACGGCGAGCUCUUCGACUGCGCCAUCUGCAUGGAGACGGUGCCCGGCGCCCUCAAGUUCAUCAUCAACUCGUGCGGCCACGCCUUCUGCUCCAGCUGCGUCGCCCAGUACGUGGCCGCGAAGCUGGACGACAAUGUAUGUCCCAUCGAAUGCCCGCAGCCAGGUUGCCAGGACGGCACCAUCGAGCCGGAGAGAUGCCAUAGCAUCAUCCCCACGGACCUCCUCGACAAGUGGGGUUUGCUGCUGUGCGAGCUCGCGAUCGGCGCGAAGAGGAUGUACUGCCCGUACCCGGAAUGCUCGGCGCUCUUGCUCGCCGACGACGAGGCCGGGGCGGCGGCCAUCGCGGAGGCGGAGUGCCCGCACUGCCACCGGCUUUUCUGCGCCCGGUGCGCCGUGCCGUGGCACGUCGGCUUCGGGUGCCUGGAGUUCCAGAAGCUCGGGCAGGACGAGCGCGGCCGGGAGGACCUCUUGCUCCGGCGUCUCGUCGGCAGGGAGGGGUGGCAGAGGUGCCCCGAGUGCCAGAUGUUCGUGGAGAAAUCCGAAGGGUGCAAUUACAUCAAAUGCAGGUGUGGAUACAGCUUCUGCUACCGAUGUGCAUCCGAGUUGUCCGCGCAAAACCAUCACUGCAACAACUGCAAGCCCUAAUAACGAUUUGGUUGGCUAUGGAGGGACGGUUCUUCAACUGCCACAUGAGUUCAUCUCGGCCAUGCAUGUUUCCUCAAGCCUUUAUCGAAAAAAAUAAGAGUUUGCUCAAGCCAAAAUGGAAAUCUAGUCACGAAAAGAACCUCAAUUAAUUAAUUGGGUUGUACAGCUUGUUUGGUGUUACUAAUUUGAUUCUCCACUUGUAGGUGUGGAUUGGUGAAAAUAAUCUUACCACUUUCAGUUUGUAAUUAGGGUAUAGUCAACCAUGUCUUUGAGCUAGCAAUC